UCGCAACCAACGAAUCUCUGCUCCUCUCUAGACGGGUUAUGCAGCAAUUCUGUUUUCCUUAUUCUCGUCCUACCCUGCUAGCGUAAUAAUCAAUAAUGCCAUUCCCAGUCGCCAGCUCUCUUUUGCUAUCGCUCGUGUCGAUCCCAGUGCUUGUCCUCACAUAUCACGUAAUAAUCUAUCCAGCAUUCAUAUCCCCCCUGCGCAAAAUCCCUCCUGCACAUUGGACGGUCCCCUUUUCGCCUUUGUGGAUCUUGAUCGUUCGCCUGCAAGGACGGGAGAACCGCGUCCUGCACCUCGCUCACCAAAAGCUGGGUCGAUUUGUGCGCGUGGGCCCGAACGAGUUGAGCGUCAAUGAUGCCGGCGCCGUGAGGACCAUCUACCAGGGCGGCUUCGAAAAGACGGCCUGGUAUUCGAUAUUUGACAAUUACGGCGUCCCGUGCAUGUUCUCGACGGUGCCUGCAAAGGAGCAUUCUCUGAGGAAGCGAAUGAUAUCAAAUGUCUAUUCGAAGUCUUAUAUUCAGUCAAGCCAGGCCGCCAAGGCGCAGGCUGCUGCUAUCCUUCACGCCAGACUACUGCCCAUCUUGGAAGAGUCCGCCGCCAAAGGCCGAGAACCGCACGGCAUCGACAUUCACUCGCUGUUCCUGGCGGCAGCCAUGGACCUCAUCACGGCAUACAUCUUUGGUCUGCGACAUUCCACCGACUUUCUCCGUAAUCGGGGCUAUCGAGAACACUGGCUGCAGCUCUACAAAGCCAGGGCCAACUAUCCCUUUUGGCGUCAGGAGUUGCCGCGGUUCACCGAGGUCAUGUCUCGUCUGGGGCUGAACCUCUACCCCAGUUGGGUCGACGAGUGCAACCGAGAGCUGGGCGAGUGGAACAAAAAGCUCUGCAUCACGGUCCUGGCCAGCGGUGUAAUUGGGGAGGAGACGAAGCCGGUGGACGAGCCGGUCGUGACCAAGGCGAUGCUCGCAGGGCUGGACAAGGAAGCGCAGGCCAACGGGGACAAGUCCAUCCUGUACUCUACCGCCCUCCAGCAUCACGACCUGUCAGUGGCGUCGGAGUUGUUCGAUCACAUCCUCGCUGGACAGGAGACCACCGGCAUCACACUGACCUACCUCGUCUGGGAGCUCUCAAGAGACCAAGCCUUGCAACGGAAGCUGCAGUCAGAGCUCCAAACACUGGACCCAGGCCUCAAGAAACAGCGGGACGAAACGGGGCAGUGGACAGCGACAGACGCCGGCAGCAUUCCGGACCUCAAAGCCCUCGACUCGCUGGAGCUCCUCCACGCCGUGCUCAUGGAGACGCUGCGGCUGCACGCGGCCAUCCCAGGCCCGCAGCCACGGCAGGCGCCGCACCCGUCCUGCCGCAUCGGGCCAUAUGACGUGCCGGGCGGGACGCGGGUUUCCGCACUUGCUCACACGCUGCACCGGGAGGAGGCGGCGUUUCAUGAGCCUGAGAAAUGGGAUCAUGAGAGGUGGCUGGGUGGCGACGAGGAGGCGAGAAAGCUGAUGAAUAGGCAUUUUUGGGCGUUUGGGUCUGGGGGGAGGAUGUGUAUUGGGUCGAACUUUGCCAUGAAUGAGAUGAAACUCAUAAUCGCGGCUAUAUACUCCAACUACACGACUCACAUUGUCGACGAUGCCGGCAUCGAACAAGAUGAUGGAUAUACCGCUGGACCCAAGAGCGGGAGGCUAUGGGUUAGGCUGGAGCCGUUGGUCUGAGGACGAGGUAAUAUAGGACAGUUGGUGGGCGGUGGUUUAAGUGACAGAGAUAUGGGCAGAUAUAUAUGCCAGGAUGCCAGUCUAUUUGCUUUGGUGUUAUUCGAACGAGUUAGGGAUUUAAUCCAUAUCAACCAGUCAAAGCGAUAACUAGAACAAGUAUCGUCGAGACAGUUUGGUUCGUGUUAGCGAAAAAUCUAAAAUGCAAACACUGGUCAAUGUUAGCCGUAGUUGUAAACUAUAAAUAACAUAUUUACGAAAAAAAAGUAC